AUGGACCGGUAUCAGAAAAUGGUCAGGAGAGUCAAAGGACUGAAUGUUGAGUUGGCCCUGCAGUACGUAAUGCCUGCUCUCCGACCGGGACCUUUUAAAGAUAGCGAGGCGAAGGAGACAGUUGAGGGGAAGAGGUCCGACGGCCCUACCCGGCCUGGGGGAUUCAGACCGAGAGAGGCUCCCUGGGGGGCCAAGUUUCAACAAUACACCCCAUUGAAUGCCCCACCCGCGCGUAUCUUACAAGAAGCGCUGAGUGUCAACCUGAUUCCCCCUUUGAAGAAGCGGCCCACGCCGCCCGGAGCCGAUGGCAACAAGCACUGCCUUUACCACCAAAAUAUGGGACAUACCACUGAAGAGUGUGUAACCCUUCGAGAUCAAAUCGAAGAGCUGAUCCGUGCUGGACACUUGAAGCAAUAUGUUAAAACUGCUCCCAACGAGCCACCGAGGGGGCGGCCGCCGAGCCCAGACACUAGAAAGGACCGCGACCGAGGCCAAAGUCGGCAGCCGCGACGACUGGACAACCAAUCAAGAUACGAGGAACGACGACAUAGAAGUCGAAGCCGCAGCCGAGACCGACCAAUCCGCGGAAGAAAUAACACUAUUUCAGGAGGUUUUGCCGGCGGAGGACCGUCGAGCUCCGCCCGAAAGCAUCAUGUCAGGGCGUUGCGUUCGGUAAACAGCGUGCGCACUGCCCGAAAAUCGAUGCCACCUAUAGCAUUCACCGAUGACGACUUCCACGCACCGGAUUUGGAGCAGGAUGACCCAAUGGUUAUCACGGCGGAAAUCGCCCGGUAUGAGAUAGGAAAGGUCCUAGUUGACCAGGGAAGCUCGGCUAACAUCCUCUACUGGAAGACCUUCUUGCAGAUGGACCUGUCCGAAGAGUUGAUCGUUUCGUUCCACGAGCAGAUAGUGGGAUUCGCGGGCGAAAGGGUGGACACUCGGGGGUACAUGGUCCUCCGCACACGGCUAGGAACGGGGAGGGAUGGUGAUGAAAAAAAGGUUCAAUAUCUCCUAGUCGAUGCAAACACAUCUUACAAUGUUUUGCUGGGGCGGCCCUGCCUCAAUUCGUUCGGUGCUAUAGUGUCGACACCACAUUUAACCCUGAAGUACCCCAAUAAGCGGCAAAGAAUCGUGGUCGUCCGAGCCGAUCAAAAAACAGCACGAGAAUGUUAUGCAGCAGGACUAAGGAUGUAUCCCAGAGUUCCCAGGGCGAAGGUCCCCCGGUCAGAGGUAGCCAUGACAGACCUAGAUCCCCGAAUAGAUACAGAGGACCGAAUGGAGCCGCACGAGAAGUUGUAG